AUGAUCUACCAAAAGGCAAAUCCGGUUCUUGUUCGGUUGGAUGAUUUGGAAUCGGGUAUGCGCAGUAUAAUACAAUACGUCUCCAUGCUCGGCUCCUAACGUUGUAUCAGGAAAUGUCGAUCUUAAAAGCUUAGAGGAAGCAUUUGGUCCUGAAUCCUUAGGAAUAAUCUUUGUCGGCGGCCUCCCAGAGAAGUUUGUGGGGUUGCGCCGAAGACUUCUCUCAUUUGCCUCUCACUUGGGAAAUCUUUCGCGGGCAGAGCUUGAAGCUUUGGAGUGCCCUGAGGCAAAGUAUCUGGUUGGAUGGUAGUAUCCGAUCGCCACUUUCCUCUCCAGGAACUUUGAUACUGAUAGAAGCGGGGAAAGGUCAUGCGCAAAAGAGAAGCUAUCAAGUGAUAAAGUGGAUACAUUGAAGGGAUCCUAUUAUGCCAACUGCGCAUUUCACAAAGACCCAGAGUUGGCCAACGCAACUGGCAAUUAUCCGGAUUUGCCCGAGUAUACUAAGAGUAAUAUUUGGCCAAGGGAGGGAUUGCUGGUGGGAUUCAAGGAAACCUUCAAAGAAUUCGUAAGUAGAGCAGUAAAUCUUUUCUACAACUUAGCUAACUGCGAUAGUGUGCAAUGGUUAUUGAUAUCGCUAGCCUAGUUGCUAGAGUGAGUUUCUGGAAAGUCUAGUUGUGCCGUAAUAGAGCUGAUGAGAUGAGCAUAGGCUUGUGACAAAUAUGGCAACUUCCUCUGCUCGUGCUUGACUGCGCCCGGAACAGUUACUAAGAAUUAGCAUAGCAUUGGAGCACAUCCCAGGUUACCAGGAAGGGUAUCUUGAGCAUGUAGUCAAGACUUCUACUACUACCAAAGCCCGUCUUCUUCAUUACUUCCCACCUCCAUCCCUCGAGGCUGGCUCUGUCGAAGCUGAGGAAGACCUCGACAACUGGUGUGGGGCACAUAUUGAUUUUAGCUGCCUGACAGGUUCUGCGCGCACCGCUGCCGUCUAUUCCUCAGGCUAAUGUUGUCAUAGGCCUAACUUCGGCAAUGUACGUGGACGAAGGCUCCCUAACUCUUGACAUCUCCCAAGGCGUGGAUCUCCCAGAGCUCGAAUCAGUACCCGAUCCAGAUUCUGGUCUUUACGUCAAAGAUCGUAAAGGCGGUGUAGUUAAAGUUGGUAUUCCAAGGGAUUGUCUUGCCUUUCAAACUGGGGCGGCGCUGGAGGCUAUCACUGAGGGCAAGUUGAAGGCUGUUCCACAUUUUGUGAGAGGUUGCAGGGCCAGUAAGGCAGCAGGUGUCAGCAGGAACACUAUCGCGGUUUUUACGCGUACGUACUCCAACUAUGUUUUGGGGGGAGGGCUGCUAAUAAUUUCGGGUUAUCAUAGAGCCAAAUCUCUGGGAGAAAAUCGAUAAAGAUAGAGAUUUUGCUACAUUUGCGAGGGAGAUUGUGGCUAAAAUUACCGAGGGAUGAUUAAAUGGCUUCCUCAUAAGAUCAGUAUCCAUUAACUGCCUAAUAUGUUGAGCGCGAUGCCUCGUUCGGGUGUAGCUGUUGAGUUUAGUGCUUAUCCGUCAAACAAACUAGUUUCUUUUAGUUAGUUUUUCCUAGUACUUUUCUCACCACUCUCUUCAACGUUAGUUACUGUUGGAGUUUUUCUUCAUCUCUUCCCCAUUUGUUUCACAACCGCACAACCAUGCUAUGUUCAACUGUGGUAUUCUGAGGUUUUGUCAGAUUCUUUCCUCCGAGGUCCUCAUAUUACCAACCUCGGGUUUUUGGUAUUUCUUUUCUUUCACUUGAUAGUUCAGUUAGCAUAAAAACCCACAGCUGCACAGAUGGUAAGAAAAUCAAGCUUCUUUCUCGUGAG